ACACACACACACACACACACGACCAGGCAUGGUGCUGUACACCUAUAAUCCUAGCAUUUAGGAUUAGAGGCAGAGGCAGACGAAUCUCUCUGACUUUGAAGUCAGCUUGAGCUACAUAGUGAGUUCCAGGCCAGCCAAGACUAUAUUGUAAGACCCUGUCUCAGAAAAUAUAAUUCCCCGAGUGCUGGGAUUAAAGGCAUGGGCAACCACACCCCGAAAGCAGCUCUUUUUUUGUCACUAGUUUUUGAGCAUUGGCUGAAGGUGAAAAUCGGGAGCUCCUUGAUGGCAGAACGUCCUCCUAAAUACCCUGACAGAGCAUGCCAAUGUUUACAAAGUGAAGUGCUUCAUGUCGAGAGCGCUGUGACAUUCUGACGAAUACGCACUUACCCAAUCAACUCGCAGAACACAUUACGCUACCUGUCAGGGAUGGAUUUAAAAGGCAGAAAGAUCCUACACUCUCAAGGAGAAGAUGAUGACGUAAGUCAGGGAACGCCGGGAGACGCCUUCACCCGCCCCCACCCGUGACGUACUUCCGGCGCGACGCUUUCCCUCCACGCCUGGACUGGGCUGUGGGGGAGGGAGGCGGUUAGUGGGCUUUAGCGCCUUUCCUGACGGCGGUAGAUUUGAAGCGCUGUACAGGACUGGGCCCCGGAGACGAGAAGUCCGCGGCGGUGCAGGUGCAAAAGGAUUGGCUCAGUUGCCCUUGGUGGGUUUUUGUUUUUUAUUGUUUGUUUCCCCCAACUUAAAGUCUGCUUGCCUAAAACUGUAUCAUAUACACUCACAGACUGAAGUGUUGGAACCAUGGGAAUAAAGGUCCAGCGUCCUCGAUGUUUUUUUGACAUUGCCAUUAAUAAUCAACCUGCUGGAAGAGUUGUCUUUGAAUUAUUUUCCGAUGUAUGUCCCAAAACAUGUGAGAACUUUCGUUGUCUUUGUACAGGUGAAAAGGGGACAGGGAAAUCAACUCAGAAGCCAUUACAUUACAAGAGCUGUCUCUUUCACAGAGUUGUCAAGGAUUUUAUGGUUCAGGGUGGUGACUUCAGUGAAGGGAAUGGAAGAGGAGGAGAAUCUAUUUAUGGAGGAUUCUUUGAAGAUGAAAGUUUUGCUGUUAAACACAACAAAGAAUUUCUUUUAUCAAUGGCCAACAGAGGGAAGGAUACAAAUGGCUCACAGUUCUUCAUAACAACGAAGCCAACUCCUCAUUUAGAUGGGCAUCAUGUUGUUUUUGGACAAGUGAUCUCUGGUCAAGAAGUUGUGAGAGAGAUUGAAAACCAGAAAACAGAUGCUGCUAGCAAACCAUUUGCUGAGGUCCGGAUACUCAGUUGUGGAGAGCUGAUUCCAAAAUCCAAAGUUAAGAAAGAAGAAAAGAAAAGGCAUAAGUCAUCAUCAUCAUCAUCAUCCAGUGAUUCAGAUAGCUCGAGUGAUUCUCAGUCCUCCUCUGAUUCUUCUGAUUCUGAAAGUGCUUCUGAAGAAAAAUCCAGAAAAAGGAAAAAGAAACAUAGGAAAAACUCCCGAAAGCAUAAGAAGGAGAAGAAGAAGCGAAAGAAAAGCAAGAAGAGCCCGUCUAGUGAGAGUGAAGCAGAGAAUCCUGAUGCCCAGCCUCAGUCUACUGUCCGUCCAGAGGAGAUCCCUCCUGUACCGGAAAAUCGGUUCCUCAUGAGAAAAAGUCCUCCGAAAGCUGACGACAAGGAGCGGAAAAACAGAGAGAGAGAACGAGAAAGAGACUGUAAUCCACCUAACUCCCAGCCUGCUUCAUACCAGCGACGAUUCUUAGUUACUAGGUCUGGCAGGAAAAUUAAAGGAAGAGGACCAAGGCGUUAUCGAACUCCUUCCAGAUCCAGAUCAAGGGAUCGGUUCAGACGAAGUGAGACUCCUCCACAUUGGAGACAAGAAAUGCAGAGAGCCCAAAGAAUGAGGGUGUCAAGUGGUGAAAGAUGGAUCAAAGGGGAUAAGAGUGAGUUAAAUGAAAUAAAAGAAAAUCAAAGGAGCCCAGUUAGAGUAAAAGAGAAAAAAAUAACCGAUCACAGACACAUGUCUGAGAGUCCAAACAGAAAAGUAGAAAAAGAAAAGAAAGUUAAAGACCAUAAAUCUGAAAGCAAAGAGAGAGACGUGAGAAGAAAUUCAGAAAAGGAUGAUAAGUACACUAAAAACAAAGUGAAGAAGAGGGGCAAAUCCAGAAGUAGGAGUAAGAGCAAGGAGAGAUCCAAGAGUAAGGAGAGGGAGCCCAAGCAUGGCAGACACGAAGACAAGAGGCCGAGGUCCAGGAGUAAAGACAGGGGUCACGAGACUCCGAAAGAGAAGCAGCUGGAGUCGAAAGGGAAAGAUCAGGACAGCAGUGGAAGCAGAGAGAACUCUAAACAGGGGGAGUCCAAAAGGAGUGAGCACGACCAUAGCAAGAGUAGAGAGAAGGACAGGCGUGCACAGUCUAGGAGUAGAGAGCGCGACGUAACUAAGAGUAGACACAGCUACAACAGUAGGGCGAGGGAGCGAAGCAGAAGCAGGGACAGGAGCAGAAGAGUGCGCUCUAGAAGCCAUGACAGAGAUCGCAGCAGGAGCACGGAGCACCACAGGUACAGAGACCAGGAGUAUAGGAGAAGAGGAAGGUCACGGAGCCGGGGUCGAAGAACUCCAGGACGAUCGAGAAGUAAAGACAGAAGGAGAAGGAGGAGGGACUCCCGGAGCUCAGAAAGAGAAGAAAGUCAAAGUCGAAACAAAGAAAAAUACAGAAGCCAAGAAAGUAAGAGUUCCCACAGAAAAGAAAAUUCGGAGAGUGAAAAAAGAGUGUACUCUAAAAACCGGGAUCAUAAUAGCUCAAGUAAUAAUAGGGAAAAAAAGGCUGAUAGAGAUCAAAGUCCAGCAGUGUCAAAACCAAAACAGAGCAGUCAGGACAGUGAAUUGAAAAGUCAGGAGGACGAGAAGACCAGAUCUCCAGUGGAAAAAGAAAACCAAAAAUCAAAGGGUCAAGAAAAUGACCAUGUACAUGACAAAAAUAAAAAAUGUGAUCGUGAGUCGAGCCCCGGAACAGAUGAAGACAAAAGUGGAUGAGUGAGUUGUGUAUGCUUAUUUCCUUCCUGUCCCAAUUUCAGUUUUUGAGACUUACUGUUGAAUCUCUUUUUUUGUUGUUCUCAUUGUUUUGGGGUUGUUUUAUGUUUGUCUCCCCCAUCCCCCCUUUUUUUUAAAUGUGGACUUCAUUAAGUUGAUAUUUUGAUAAUCUGCUACCUGGAUAAUUUGUACUGCUAAAGUUUUAAUAAACUUGAAAUGAAAAAAAAAACCCACUUUGGUGUAAUAUUGUGUGCUGUGUUAACUAGCUUAUGUAUUCAUUUUUGUGUUGCAACAGUCAGUCAGUAGCAGCCUACUUUGUUUAAUCAACCAUUUGGAAACAAGCUUAACUGUUGGUUAAGUUGGUUGCAGUACAUUGUUAGACAAAUUUGUGUUUCUUUUGAUAAAAAUCCCUUGAGAACCCACUAGAAGUUUUGAGUAGUUUUUGUUUUGCAUUUAUAAUUCACAGGCUUACAGCUGUUUCUUUGAAUUACACAGAAGCAGGAUUCUGAGGUGAUCUUAAGUCAUCACUUGAUGUUACAGUUAUCUCUGCUUUAGAUGCUUUUCUCGGGCUUCAUCCCUUGUACUUUGCAGUUCCAGCUAUCACUUGUUUCUGAAUACUGUCCAUGUCUGUGAGCCAAAAAAAGGAGACGGGUGCUCUUUUCAGUCUAUGUGCUGCUUGAGCUUGAGUUGCUGUUAUACAGCGUUUGACAGAGAUUGUACCUUGGAAGAUCAUACUAUAAUUUUCAAUUCUUUGUGCUUUUGGUGUGAAGAACUGAAACUUGCUUUUUAAGAACACGUUACUACCUUUUUCUACAAUUUAAAAGACAUUUCUCAUUAAAACAUACUACUUGUGUAGGUACUUCUUAAUCUAGACAGAUUCUAAAAAGCGUUAGUAUUGGAAAUAAGAUUCCCUAUUUUGGCUGUUAGCCUGUAUCACAUUGAGUGUUAAACCUGCAUGGUUUGGGUUUCUUUAAACUUGGACUAACUUCUCUAAUUCUCAUAGCUGUGAAUAUGAAAUGUCAAGAAGAUGCAUCUUUCUAUAUCUGUACCAUGAUAGGCCGCAGCAUGUCUGUGACUCUGGUUUCUUUCUGUUCAGAUGACUUUAGACCAGUUUACUGUUAACAUUAUUUUAACUUGGCAUGUAUUACAUUGCCAUAUAGAGUAGAGUAGAAAGUUGCAAAAUAUGAUACCUUACAGAGGUAAACACUAAACAAAUCCAAAGUCCAUUCAGAAUUUUGUGUGUUGUAUUUUGCUAUUUUUGUGUCUUUGUGUGGCCUUUUAUUCUGUAAUAUCCUUCUAAAUAAAACAUUGAACAUCCAGCAAACACAAAACCUGCCUCAUUUGAAAAAUAUUUCAAAACUCCAAUUAUUAGUAGCCUUUAGAAAGUUUUGUACUUUGAUAUUUGUCAGUAUAGUGUCAACUCUUACCCAGGUAGCUUCUUGGCAAACCCAGUAGCUAUUCAAUGCUUUUGUACUGCAUAAAGUUAUGCCUAAUGUACUUCCCAUUAUUGAUUAUUACAAUAUAUUGGCAAUGUAGCUGGUACAGAAUGAAGGAUGCGGUGAUUAUAAAGCUGUUUGGAAUAUCCUAAAACAAAUACCCAUGGCAGAUUCUUUACAAAUUGUUUUUCUUGAUGGGAAAAGUUAGUGUGUGUGUGUGUGUGUGUGUAUAUAUAUAUGAUUUGUUACAUGACUUAAAACAAAUUGAUUAUGUCUUAAAUCCAGUCAAUUGUGUUUUAAAAUAUAUUCCAAACUAUCUGAUCUUUAAGAAAGGAAUUUCUACUAACAUUUUAAAAUCCAUACUAAGUAAAACUACUUUUUUCCUUGUCCUAGAGCUUUUAUCUGUUAGCAUAUAUAUAAACAAGGAUUUUCCAGUUCUUUAAAAAAGUAGGCAUGGGAGAGAAUUAGUAAUGUCUAUAAUAUCCUUCUGUUUGGGUUAUCAACAGAGCGGUUCCCGUACCCCUGCUUUUUUAGCUUUUUUCAGUAGAUACAGUAGAACAGAUAAUGGGGUCAGGAGUUGAGGAGACAAUCAUAUAGAUUUUGUUUUCAGAAUAUAGAAAACUACUUACCCUCAUUAACUGUACCCCAAGAGUUCCAGUUGACCUAAUCAAAGCUUAAGCCCUUGUUUCAGUAGUUGUGCUAGUAGAUCUUUCCCAUUUCAAUUUUCUCAUCAAAUUGACUUUAUAGAAACAUAUGAAUUUGCAGUUAAUUUGUAAUUUUGUCUUAAUACCUUUUAAAAGUAUUUUCACUUGUUUUUAUUGCUUGAUUCCAAAGCUGAGAAAAUUACUUCAGUAUGUAAGACUUUAGUGAUUCUUGUAUGAAUUCCUUUUUGGGUAAGCCGUUUGCCAUAGAAAUUGACACUAUAAAGCGAUUGUAGUGGAAGUAAAGAUACCUUUGGCGUUGUAGUUGGUGUAGACUGGACAGUGCAGAGGGUGAGACUGAUAGAAUAUCUUGAAACAGGUACCCACAGUGCAUCUGUGACAGUAAGGAAGCCACUGGUUGUUUUAAAAAUUCUUUGACUUACAGUUGAUGCUGUUGUAGAACUCGUUUGUUUUAAGUCACUUAAUUGGAGCCUUUAGAAUUUGUCAAGAAUUAAUCUGCUAGCUUUCUCCUUUCCCCAGAGUGAUCCAGAUGCUCACUGGCUUUGCCAGGUGGCCUUUGCUUUGUGUAUCCUAGUGGAAGGUGUUAAACUAAAAACGAAAGACUGCAUCAUGUUCUGGAUAGGCACAUGCUGGGUUUCUGGUAUUUGAGAUAAUAGUAUUAGCUGAUGCUUCUCAUUUAUUUUCUAGUGCGUAUUUAGAGCAGUUAGUCUGAUAGCGGUUGGUUAUGCUCUGUUCCACAUAGUGGUCGUUUUCAACACAGAACCUUUUACAGCAGAUCUCUCUAGAAAUGGGUUGAACUUGUCUUCCUUCCCCAGAAGGGAUUUAGACUUAAUGAUUGGUAUAAAGAACCAAAUGAGCAUUUUUCUGUCUUGUUUCUGUCUACUGUAAUAAUUCCUUGUAGGAUUCAUUCAUUUACAGUUGGCAAACUGUGUAGUUUGAUAAACUUAAUUGUCAGAGUUUUUUAAAACUAAUUCUUGUUUUAAAAAAUAAAGUAUAUCCCAAGUGCUGGUUGCCAUCACUGCCUGCAGUGGGCUUCUCAGCUGCCUGGAAGGGAUUCACCUGCUGUGGGACAAAUAAUUAAAUAGUGUAAACAACAUACCACAUUAAAAAACAAAAUAAAAAAGCCAUCCAGGCCAAAGAAGGAAGUGCUAAGGGCUUUGUUCACUUCCUUUUGUCCCCAGUGCUGGAGGGGGUAAGGGUGUUGAUUUGUGUUUCUAUUUGCUUUUGUUUUUCCUUUUAGACACUUCAUGUUACUAAAAGCACAUGCUCUGUAUAUUUCCCCCCCCCCCAAUUGUUUAUAGUAUUUUUGAAAGAUUGAUCAAUCAAUUGGGUGUUUCUGUGGAUCUGAAGCCGUGGCUGCUCUCUGGGAAGGGGAUAGAUAAUCAAGUUAAUGCGCUUCUUUUCCUAGCUCCAAAGGCACUGUGACGGAUAUUUUUUUAAUGGACUUUAGAAAACUUGUUUUCUCAAUUGUAAAUUAGUUUAAAAUGCUGCUUCUCUUAUCAUUAGUCUAGUAAAUGUUGGACUGUUUUCUGCAAAUUGCAUUUUACAAAAUUUAAACUUCAAAACUGUAUUAACUUUUAUAGUUAAACAUUGUAUUAAAUAAAGUAUACUAUAAUAAACAA